GGAAUUAUCAAACUUAUCAUCGGCGAUUUCUGAUUGAUGUGCAGCUUUUUUUUUCGUAAUUUUAACUCGAUUUAUUCAAAAUUUCGUACCCUUCAUUAUGUUAAAGUAAUUAAAACAAUAGUAUUAAUUGAUUCUUUGAUUAUUUAUAUCAAACCAUCUUAAGAACGUGUGUAAUACAAGAGUACUCUUUUCACUUACCCCGCCGCAUCAAACAUGUUCUGAUAUAAUUUUCCAAGUUAUUCUACGAUUUAUUUAUUACAUUUCGGUGUAAAGUGAUACUUUUAUUCAAAUUUUAAUAAUCCCUGUAUCAUGGCUGCCGAGAUCUUGGAAUCUCUGAACGAACUUGGGUACACUGCACUUGAUGAUAUCGGUCUGGAGAAAUGUAUAACCGAAGGCGCGAAAUCAAUUGCUUUUACUCAACUAGUGGAAUGGGUUACGAAAGAAAUACAAGUGCUUUACUCAUUAGACGACCAUGUAAAUGCUAUCGCAACACCGGAUGAUUCGAGUGCAUUUCUAUUAGAAUUGGGUGGUUUUCUCAGGGAAGUAGGUUGCCAGUAUUCUUGCUUGACGCAAGGCCGCAUUCAUGAUAUUUUACAAUCCAAACCAAAUAAAAUACUUCUGCUCGAAUACUUAUUGGCUGAAUUAAAAUCAGCUCGGAUGUUCUAUGCUAGUAAACCUGAUACAACUCUUUCAGUCACUUUGAAUGAAAGUCCCACCGCAACGGUAUUAAAAAAUAUGUUAUUGGUUCUGAAUUUCCCGAAACCUCCGGCUAAUAUUCCUGCUGAUGUUUUUUUCACCAAAGUUCAAGCUCGGUUGAAAGAAGUUCUCUCCAAAGUGCCAAAGGAGCUUAUAAGCGAUCCUCUGUUUACUGGAAAAUUGACCGAUAAAGACUGGCAUAAAUUAGAACAAUUUUAUAACGAAUUGUACGACGAGUACCGAAAUAGAAGAGAGAUGUUGCUUAAAAGAUUAGAUGUUACAAUUCAGUCAUUCGAAUGGUCAGAUCGUUUGAAAAAUAAAUCGAACGAAAUCCAUAGUUCCUUUACAACAAAACGUAAUACAAUGAAAGUGGAACCAAAUGUGAAACUAGCCGAUAUAUUAGCUGCUCGAAAAGACUUGGCCAUCUUGGAAAAAAUAACUUCGGCUUCAGUUCGUCGAAAAACUCAAUCCGCAGUGAACAAAGUUGUCAUCGGAUCGGUACCCGAUCGCGGUGGCAGACCUUACGAACAAGAACCUCCCCCUCCAGAAAUGCCUAGUUGGCAACAAAGAUCAGCUGGCGGAGGCCCUGGUGGUCGUGGUGGUGGGGGAGGUGGUGGAGGUCGAGGAGGAGGAGGACGUGGUGGUAAUUUCAAUGCUGGACGAGGUGGAGGAGGGAACUUUGGCGGCGGCGGUGGUAGCGGAGGAAACUUCAGUGAUAAUUUCAACAGAGGAGGUGGUGGAGGAGGCAGAGGAUUUGAAGGUGGAGGACGUGUCCAAGCGGGUUGGAAUGCACCUCAAAAUCAAUUCGGCAGUUUUGAUCGACAAAGUAGUUCCGGUUCCGGAGGUUAUUCGCAAGGAGGAUAUCAGAAUCAAGGAUAUUCGGGUGGCCAAUCCCAAAAUCAAUAUCAGGAUAAUUCCAGUAAAUCUGGUUAUAGUCAAAAUACUUACUCUGGUAGGGGAGGUUACAGCCAAGAUAAUUCCGGGUAUGACAAUAGAUCUGGAAAUAGGGGAGGAUAUAAUCAAGACAGAUCACGAGGGGGAUAUAAUCAGCAGUAUCAAGGCAGAGGAGGCGGAGGGGGAUAUUAUCAACGUAGAUAAAUUGUAUUUUUUAAUUAUUUCUCUCCAAUUCUCCAUGUACGCAAUAUAUAUUCCGUCCCUGAGUACGAUCAAUAGGUAACACGUGAUGUAAAAAUGAUCUUCCUUAUUUAUUUAAUUUUUACUCGCAUUAUUUUUACUAAUCUCAAUUGAAGAUUUUCUUUUUGAGCUGGAGAUUAUGUGUUUCUAUACUCAGGGUACAGAAUAAUUCUUCAAAAACUGUAAUAACAAGCAAAUAAAAACAUAUUUUGUAUAUUCAAUUCGAGUAUUAUUUUUAUGUUUCUAAGUUUCAUUCUCUUGUGUUUCUCGACUCUCGCUCAUUUUUUAGCAUUAUUAGAUUCUUUUUUAUUGAGUUCAUUGAGGCAAAGUGGACAAUAAAGUGUUGAACGGUGUUUUGAAAAAACAAAUUUCCAUAAAAGUUCAACUUUUCCACGUUCCAAGUCUCCAAGUAGAACUUCUUAUAAAAUAAAACUUUUGAAAUUUCUUUUGCCUUGAAAAAAAACAACACUGGAAUUCAUCAACUGACGUCAUAACGAUUAUCGAUACAUCGAAAACGUGUACACAAUCCACACGUCAUACGUCAUAACUUUUCAGAUUUGUUUUGGUGAUAUGGAUUUGUUCAGCGUUUGAUCAAAAUUUUCGCCGGAAAACGAACAAUUUAAUUAUUAAAAUAAGUAAUAAAAGCUUUCAAAAGCUUAGUUAAUCGCUCACAGCUUUAGUUAAAACAAUUUCAUACAAUAUGAUUACAGACGUGCAGUUGGCAGUAUUUGCCAAUUUACUUGGAAUCGUAUUGUUCUUAUUGGUAGUUCUGUACCACUACGUUUCUGUCAAUCAUAUAAAGUCAUCGUAAAACAAAUCAUGAUCAAAGAUCUUCAUUCCAUAAAUUGUACAGCUGAACACAAAGUGUAUUAUGAACGAAACUAAAUCCAUCUACGAUCAAAGAUCCUACUUAAAGAUGUUACAUUUCAUCCUUGUUAUAAAUUCAAAUAUUUAUCUGUAAUUUAAUAUGUUUUUCAAAUAAACAUUAUUGUUACUUCUUA